AUGCCUACCUGUCUCAACAAUCUUACCGGAUUUACUGAAGAAGGAGUUCCAUAUGAGGUUGCUGAUUAUUAUACAUUUCAGGAAAGGGCAUCAAUUGCCACAAAGGGACGAGAACUCACUUAUAAGUCCAAUCUCUUUCUAUUUAAAAAUAUUGACCUUUCUAUGAACAAUUUGUCUGGUGAUAUCCCAAGGGAGAUAACAAGUCUAGUUGAACUCAUAUCACUGAACCUGUCACGAAAUAAUUUAACAGGAUCAAUCCCGGACAACAUUGGAAACAUGAAGCAACUCGAAUCUCUUGAUUUCUCCAUGAAUUCACUGUCAGGAAAGAUUCCAAGUAGCAUGUCAAUCAUGACUUCUCUGAGCUACUUGAAUCUAUCGUAUAACCACUUGACAGGGAGAAUCCCACAAAGCACCCAAAUUGGGAGCUUCAACGAGUCGAGCUUCAUCGGCAACAAUCUUUGUGGCCUUCCACUAAGGAUUUCUUGCAAAAAUGAUGGAAAUUCCCCUGCCCCGACACAGGUGCAUAUUCAAGGCAGAAAAAGCAAAAAGCUAGAGAUUGAUUGGUUUUACGUAUUCUUAUCAUUUGGGUACGCAGUUGGGCUUUCUGCUGUCCUCUCUAUAUUGUUUUUUAAGAAGAAAUGGAGGGAAGCUUAUUAUGGGUUCUUUCAGAAAAUGUGGGACAAUGCUUAUGUGUAUUUCAUUAUCAAAUGGAGGAGGCUCAUGAGAGCGUUGGGUCGAAAUCACUAA